AUGCAAUCUAUUAUUGCCCUCUCAAAGAUUGAAACUAAUCCUCUGUCGGAUGGUGUUGCACUCUGUGCAGAUAUGGCUGCCAUCAAGAUCCUAGGCAUCAUACUGGAAUCCCUCCUCCUUCCAUUCAUCAAUAUUUCACUUUCACUUCAGCAACAAAUUGAGCUCAUCAGCUGCUAUUGUCACCUCACAUUCGCACUUUUCCGCAUGCAUCGCACUGCUUUCAUGCCUCAUGUGCUCUUUUAUGAUACCCAGUCAAUGAGCAAGAACAUCUGUUUCUGUGUGGCAAAGCAGCAGAAACUUGACGGCCGGCAGAAAUUCUGGAUUAUCCAGAUGGGCGAUAAUGACUUAGAGGAGUUGUUUGGCAUCAUGCGCAUGAAAGGGGGGCACAACUCUGCAAUGAACUACUCACAAGCACUUGAUCGAAUUGGUGCUGCAAAGGACAUUGAUGCUGUCUUCAAAAAGCACCCAGAACUCAACCCUGGCUCUUGUCACCUCAAACUGACUAGUGUUGAGGGCUUGGAUCAUAUCUGCCCUGACUUAUGGUGUGGUGAUAUUAUCGCAUCACACUGCAACCUUCCCUCUGCAUGGAUUGCUGGCCAUAACAAGGCCAUUGCAGCACUUAUGUAUUGA